AUGUGGCUGUACGUGGUGGCUUUGCUGCUGGGGCUGUUCCUGCUGCGGCGCUGGCACCGGGAGCGGCAGACGGUGCCGCGGCUCUCGGAGAAGCACCUGGUCGGGCUGGUGGAGGUGACGCUGAGCCUCCUGCCGCUGCUGCGGCGGGCGCGGGGCCGCGUGGUCAAUGUGGCCAGCGUGAUGGGCCGCAUGUCCUUCUUCGGUGGCGGCUACUGCCCCUCCAAGUACGGCGUGGAAGCCUUCUCUGACAGCCUCAGGCUUGAGAUGCGCAACUUUGGGGUGAAGGUCUGUGUGAUUGAGCCGGGCUACUUCAAAACAAUGAUCAGCAACGUUGAGAACCUGGAGAAGAAUUUUCAUGACAGCUGGAAGAAGCUUCCAGAGGAAAUCAAAACCAGUUACGGGGAGGGUUACUUGAGGCAGUUUGUGGCUAUGCUCAAGUUGCUGCAGAAGACCUACAGCUCCGACCUGUCACUGGUCACCAACUGCAUGGAACAUGCACUGACCAGCCUGCACCCCCGCAGCCGCUACUCUGCCGGCUGGGACGCCAAGCUGCUCUACAUCCCCCUCAGCUACCUGCCCUCAGCCCUCAGCGACGCCCUGUUCGCCGCGUUCUACCCCAAAUCUGUUGGGAAAGCCUAAAGGGGGAAUGCAGCAGGCAGCCAGGACCAGAGUGAGAUCCAAUGACACAUACGAGGAUCCAGAAUGGGCUGCAGCCAAGGCCACACCGAGGUCCCUGAAUUUGUGACUGCAUCCACGUCUGACCCUCUGUCCCCUGCCCACGGUUGAGUUUGUCCUGAAUAAAGAUGCCCUGUCCCCUCCUGGCA